AUGGCAACAUUGAAUUGGUAUCCAUUAGAAAUCGUAGACUCCAACUAUACUGGUGGAAUAGACGCACUGAAACUAUUCCGCGCGUCUUCAGAAUGCAUGGCCUCUUAUGGGGAGCGUCUAUUCCGCUCGAUUGAUAGAUUAAAAGGAUACAUCGUGGACUCUCUACCGCAGGGCUUAUUGGAGGGGCGCCCCGGCAGCUCGCUUCUGCUCACUCCCCACCAGGUGCAGCAACUGCAACAAAUUCAAGCCCAGCAAGAGCAGGCCGGAGGAGCCCUGACAUUCACUCUACAACAACAUCACACGGGUGGUGCGGCAGGCUGCCUGGGACCACAACUAGUGCUCGCACCGUCGCCGUCAGCCGCAGCGUUCACCUACCCAGUGGGAGGAGGUGGCAACACUGCACAAUGCCUGGACACCAGUGCGCAUACGCCAAUCAUUCAGCACAUCGGCACCACUAGCAUCCUACAGUCGAGCAUCCAACACCAUGUACGCCAAUCGGCCAGCAUUCACCAGCAGGUCAUACAGCAGGUCGGCAGCCAGACUAGCAUACAACAGGUGGGAGCGGCGACGGCGGGGGGAGCCAUUCGAAGUGUGGAAGGGGGUGGAGGCGGAGGUGUGGGUGUGGGUGGGGGUGGGGGCAGCAAGUGUGUGGCUGCUUCGCCUGGCUCGCCAUUCUCGCGCUCUCUCACUCCCUCCCCACAGCAGCGAGUUGUUACGCCUCAGCCUCAUCAAAUUCAUCAGGUAAUGGGGCUCCAGGUCACCAGGUCGUGCAGAUAUUCCACCAUCAGCAGGCGACUAGAAACACUGAUUGAAAAAGAUAAAUCUGUGAAGCCGAAACAGCCGCAGCAGAUCCUGCCGAAACCAGCAGGCAGCUCGGCUACCACCGUUACCAAGGCAACCACGGCGCAUGCGCACGCACAGGCGCACACCACCAACAUGGCCGCUGCCGCCGCCACCGUCGCUCAGCCCCAGCAGGCCUCGGCUUUGCUCUUCAACCAGAUGAUUCCUAGUGCUCCUGUUCUGGUGAGGCAGCAAAGUCACGGCGUGCAGUUGGUGUUGCGUUCCCCUCCUCCUCCUCCGCAGCCUCCCCCCUCCAAAUCCGGCGGCGUUGUCAUACUUCAAGGCAGGCAGCAAACUCAGCAGGUGGUUCAGCUACUGCAGGGCAUCCAACUGCAGCAAAUCCAAACGUCGUCGGGUCCGACGCUGAUCGCCGUGCCCUCGUCAAUGGCAGCCCCGCAGCCGCCCCCCUCCCCCGCACCCGUCCCCACCCCUGUACAGUCACCCACUCCGCCCCCCUCGCCGUCGCUCAUCAAAAAGCAACCCAUCAUCAACAACACCAUCAACAAAAAGAAGAAGAAGAAGGAAGAGGAGCCGCGACUCGACCUGUUGAAUCUCAUGAAAAUAUCUGGCAUCGAAGAAGAAGACGUAGGUCCGAUGAUGACACAGACGCCAGUCAUCCAGCACCACCAUCAACAACAACACCAUCAAGAGCAGCAACAGCAGCAACAACAACAUCAGCAGCAGGUGCUCCAACAACAGCAACAACAACAACACAACAACAACAGCAGUUUAUGCAGAGCACAUCACCGAGACCAGCCACACCCAAAACAACAACAGCAGCAGCAGUCGAUUGCAGUGGCUCAGCUGCAGCAGGCGUCGAAUGCAGCUGCAACUGCAUCACCCACCCAGUGUGCCACUGCCGGCCUCAGGUUCGCCCUCGGCGAAGACGGACGCAUGGUGGUGCAGCACAAUCCACAGAUUGGCAUGAACGUGGGGAUGGGGGGUAUGGGCCAGGUGACUCCGAGUGUAGCCGCCGCAGCUCAAACACAGCUGGCUCAGUUGCUCGCCGAGCAUGGAGGACUGCUACAGACGGCCGUUCUAAGCUGGUCAUCUGGUCACCAUGAUUCGCUGGUUAUGAAGACAAGUGGAAACAUGGCGACGGGGCUGACCCUGGGCGGGCAGUCGGUGCUGAUCAAUACGGGGGGUGCAACGGGGGCGACGCGGCGGCCCACGCAUGCGCCAACCAGUGUGGUGGUCGCCAACCCUCUGCUCGAGUCCACCCAGCACAACGGAGUGCGCAUUCUCACUGACAUGAACGGCCUCGCGCAUGCGCAGGCCCAAGCCCAAGCCCAGGCUCACAAUCGAGUCCAUCUUGUGCCAAACACCGACCACCACAAUCGCCUGCACAUUGUCUCGGGAGUUCCUAGUUCCGCCGGAAUCGCCUUGUCUGAACAGCAAAAGAAUCGAGUACAAAUUGUUUCUGCUAUAACUCCUUCCGACAAUAUGUCUUUCUCAGAUCAGCACAGAAUCCACAUGACGGCUGCUAAAAGUCAGACUCCAGAGCCUGACCGGAUACACCUAGUGCCAACCAGUAAUGCUAUCUAUUCUGAACAAAACAGAGUGCAGAUAGUGUCGGCAAUACAAAAUCAAACCCCUACCAACCGAACUGAUCACCAAAGGGUUCAAAUAGUGUCCGGAAUGCCGAAUGCACACAGUGAACAGCAGCAGCAGAGCAGAGUGCAGGUUGUGACUGGUGUUCAGAAUACGAGUUCUGUGUUACCGAUGAACCAGGUGUCUGGCCGCGUUCAACUCGUGUCGGGUGUUCAUUCUGCGGCUGACAGUAGAGUUUCUGUUGCAACAAACACUAGUGCUUUAAAUAUGAACGAACCAAGAGUGCAAAUUGUCAGUAGUAUGCCUAGUUUAAGUGAACCUAAUCAUGUGUCCGUUGUGACUAGUGCCAAUAAUUUGAAUUUAAGUGACUCACAAACUCAUAGACUUCCAAUUGUGUCGAACAUUGCCAAUAAUUCGAGCAAUAUUUGCUUGAAUGAUAGGUUACAGAUAGUGACAACGAUGGCUAAUUCUGUUGAACAGAGUCGAGCCUCUCUUAUUACGAAUAGUAUGUCUGUGAUGUCGAAUAGUGUUGAUAGUCAACAUCACCAUCAGCAGCAGCAGCAACAACAACAGCAGCAGCAGCAGCAGCGGAUACUGUUGACCCCGGAGCAGGCGAGGUCGCAAGUGGCCUGCAAGAUGUCGAGCAAGUCGCCGCAGUCCCCGAGAGGCACCAGUGGAGGCUCCAGCAAGAGUCCGGUGACGUUCUCGCCGCUCAGCCCAGCCAAUCAGAGGCCGACGUUUGCCAACCGACCCAACAUCACAGUUGUCACGCAGAUGGCGCCUCCGCUCUACUCGCAGCAGCAGCUGCAACCGGCAACCACUUCACACUCGGUUGGCACCGAGACAACGCCGCCGGCCAUCAACAGCUUCCAGUCUUCCCAAUACCAGAAGCCAGUCUCGGUGUCGACUGCCAUCCACAACCAUCUCGCCGACUCGGUCAUCCAGACGACCCAGUCGCAUCCGACUGUGAUAACCUCGUUGGCCAACUGCCAGCCGUCUCCCUCGCUGCCCGCCAAAUCCAUGCCACUGAUAACGGCCCGACAACAACCCCCACUACCUCCACAACCACCACCACCACCACCACCACAACAACAACAGCCUCCACCACAGCAACAGCAGCAGCAGCAACAACAACAGGUAGUGAAGCAACAGACUUCGACCGGCUACCAGAACUCGUUCCUGGAAAGCAUCGCACAAUCGCACCCCAACCUAGUGAUCAACAAAUCGCUGACUCCGCCGGCGCCACCCAAACCGGCGCUCAAGCCGAAGAAGCUGCCGAAGAAGUCGGCCGUUGUGAAGCCGAUGAUGAUGGAGGAGCGCCAGGGUGGUGGUGGAGGUGCUCAGGGCGGUGUCUGUGGUGAGAAGGAGCAGGAGCCGCCCAGUCUGGUGCCUCUCAACAGCUCCAAUCCUGACAUUGUGCAGGGCGCCCUACAAAGGGUGCAGACCAUUCAGCUCACUCCUCAAAAGCAACAGUUACUGAAAGCCGUUCAAAGCCAAAUAACCAUGCUGCAGAACAGAAAGUCUCGCACAAAUGCUGAGCAGGCUACCCUGCAAAAGUUGUUUGUGGAGCAGCAGAAGAUUCUUCUAUCCGGCAAACUAGUUCCUACAAUACCUGGCCAGCACGCUCAAGGACUCACUUUUCAGCAAGUAUCGACUCCAGUGAGACUGAUGUCGCCGCCCGCCACAAGUCCAAGCAGCAACGUGCCGAGCAGCAGAAGUGUGGCGGCCACCCCUCCACCCCCCUCGCCAAUCCCCGCGCCUCCUCUCACUUCACCACCUGUGGAAUCCCCCUCCCCCACCCCUGUACCUCCUCCGCCUCCUCCCGCUCCCCCUCCUCCUGCCCCGCCACCUUCGCCUCCACCGCCAGUUCACUUCCAACCUCCGCCUCCGCCGCAAGUGGCCUCCGCACCACAGCCACAACCGCCCCCGCCUCAACCUCCACCUCCACAACCACCACCACCGCCGCCCACCACCAGUUCAAAGGCCACUUCACCUCUGCACGUGCAGGUUGGCACACAGACAUGUUGUCUCCCAGAACCUCCCAGUCCACCUGAAAUAAACUAUGCAAAACGUGCAGGCCUAAUUGAGCAGCAACUGAACCUGGACAAGCAGGGCGCAUGCGCACCCGACACGAGCCGACCGUUCGCGAACGCGAAUGACGCAUGCGCGCGACUGGUGAGCUACCACUGCCUGGACGACCCGGUGCUGAGUCAGCGCGACCUCGAGAAGGCCGACGAGUUCUUCGAGGCCACCUCCCGUCAUCUGCUCGACAAGAACGCGCACAUGCUCAACAAGUACAACUAUCUCCUGCUUAUGGAGAGCAUGAGGCAAGUUCAGACGAGCGAGUUGAUAAUGCUGGGAAGGAUGUUUGUGGCCGAUGAGACGGCUCAACUGGACCAAUUGCGACAGGAGGCUGCAGCCGCCGCAAAUGCCCCCACUACUCAUCAAGCAUCAACGGCAACGUCGGCAAGCGUGCAGGCAGGUGCAGGUGCCGGUCGAGAGAGGGAGAGAGAGAGUGGCGGUGCCAAGCGGGAGCGAGAGGAGGGGGUCGACGGCGGCGCCGAGACCAAGAAGAAGCACUGUCCCGACGAUGACGAGAUCAAGGCCCAAGUGCAGGACGCCAUCGAGAGCAUCCUCAACCUGAAGAGUGACCCGGCGCUCGACGAGGCUGUCAACAGCAUCCUCUCCAGCUGACCUGCCUCUGCCUCCUCAGCUCGCUGACGUCUCCUAGUCCGGACAUUGGUAAACGUCCUAGCAAAAACCUAUCAUUGUUGUAUUUUUCUGUGCGUCACCGCAACAUAUUAGUUGAUUUGUGAGUCAUUAUCGAGCUCUGAACGUUGUUUAUUGAUAAACGUCUCAGCAGAAACCUAUGUUGUUCUUGUCCUUUGCUUGUACACAAGAUAUUAUAAUAUUUUAUUUGAAUCAAUUUUGUGGGCCAUUAAAUAAUUAUUAUAAAAUAAAAUAUAUUACUCAUUGUGCAAGAUAUUAAGCCAUAGUUUUUAAAACCGACAUUACUCGUUAAAACCAAAUUGAGAAUAUUGUUCCCGAUAAGGGACGGACUGCGAUCAUUGUUUAUUUGUAAAUAUCCUAGCAAAAUCCUGCGGUUGUCUUCUUCUGUGCAUGAAUACAAGAUAUUAGAUUUUGUAAAUGCAUUUUUGGGUCGUUCGAGAAUUAAUGAAAUAAUACUCAAUUAGUCAUACGUUUUAAAACUAAUGAUAUUCAUGAAAAAGCGAGAUAGGAUUUGAAAAUUAUUUUCCAUAUGAUAUUUUUGUUUUGUGUAAUCAAAUCGCUUGAGCCAAACUAGCUAGGCAUUAUUCUUCUCAAAUGACUAGAUACACAAUUCAUUUAAAUGAUAGGUUUCUCCGUGAAAAUUUUUGUAUCCAUUUAGUUGUAUUGGUCCUGGUUUGAUUUCCAAACACAUUUAUUUUCAUGCAAAUAUUGGGGGUAACUGUUCAUACUAAUCAAUUGAAAUUAAAGAUCAUUGAAUGAAGUGAGAAGGGGAUGGCUGCAGAAAUACUAUUGUAUUUAAAGGUACCUAAUAACAUGUUUUGUAUUAUACCAUAAUCAAUGGGAUAUUUUCUUAUAAACUAAGUUCUAGACUUUAAACAGCUGGAGUCAAAAAAUUGGCUUUCGGAAACGGGGCGUGGUCGCAGUUUUUAUGAUAAUCAUUUUUUUCUCAUUUCUAUAAUAAUUGGAAACGUUUUUCCUUGACGAAAUGAAACAUUCCUAAAUAAUUCAAAAUAGUUGGAACUUAACACUAUUUUCUCUUUAUUUUAUUUUGUGUUCAAUUUUCUAGUUUUUUGAAAUUUAAUUUGAACGUGGACUGCGACUACGCCCCGUUUCGGAAAGCCAAUUCUCUGACUCCAGCUGUUUAAAGUCUAGAACUUAGCUAAAUCCCGAGUACGGAAACCGGCCCAUAAACUUUUCACUACUCAAAAUAACUUUUUACUACUCAAACUUUUCAAACUGAAAAUAACCAGUCACCAUACAGAUUUCAAUGGUAACUUACUGUUUUCAAGUAGGUGACUGGUAGUCUACAAAAUCCAUCAGGCUCAUUUAAAUGAAUAAAGAAUUUAUUUUUCCCUUUUCAUUCAUCUCAUUGAUGGCCUUUUACAUUCUCAUUCUCAUUUGUAUGACAUCUCAUAAGAUGUGUAUUGGAAAUACUGUAGUUUGAUCUUUCUUUCAAUAAUUUCUCAUUUCUGCUAGCUUAUCCAAUGAGAAAAAUAACGUUAUUAGGAAAAGUUAGAAAAUUUUGAAAUAAAAACUUAAUUUAAACUUCCAUUUUAGUUGAACUUCUAUUAUUGGAAAUUAGCGUAAUUUAUAUGUUGCUAUAGUGAGGUUCACUUUAUAAUGACGUUCAAAUUGGUCCACGUUAUAAUUGUUUGCUUAGCAAUUGUAUUGCUAUCCUUGUCUAUAAUUCAACAAAGCUGAUAGCGCUAUAUCUUUCUCGCUUUGCUCUGUUGCCAGAUCGUUUUUUAACAGUGUAGAAAUAUAAUUAAUUAACAAAAUAUUUAAUCUGGAUUAUGAAAUCAUUGUAAAAUAUAAUUGAUUAUUUUAAACGAGAGUGAACCGUUAUUAUUACAUCAAUAAACCGGUAUCACUUACUCUCCAUAGAAGGCAUUGACAUGACAGAGGAUCUGCAACGUUGAUCUCCUAUCUUUCUCCACUGCCAUUAUAACGUGGACCUCACUAUAGUUUAUUUUGAUGUCAAUAUUGGGGAUCAGCCAAACAAGGUUAAAUAUUAGAACGUUGAUAUUAAUCGCAUUUUAAUUUUCAACUAAUUGAAAUUAUAGUGUCUUUCAUUUGUAUUAUUUUGUGAUUGUAAUUACUGGAAGACCUGAAUUGAUAUUUUGUAUUGAAUAUAGUAAUAAUAUAGUCUUACCUACAACCAUCACAUGAUUUUAUUAGUAUAUUGUUUUUAUUAUCUAGGUUUUUGCCAAUGACGUUUAUUGAAUAAACAAUAAUGCAAUUGAUAUUCAAAAAUAUCACCUAUCAUCAAGGUUUAUUACUUUGAGUGUCAUCAAAAACUGUGAAAUGAAUUUUUCUAUAGAGUAAUAUAUGGUAUAGUUAUUUAAUAAUGUUCUGUAGUAUAUUGUGCUUUAAAAUCUUGAAUUCUCAUUCAAACUGUUGCCUAAUCGUUUUUCGUUUGAAUGUUGAUUGAUUAGUUUUAAUAUCAUGAAUUUGAAUUGUUACUGAACAAUUUGACAUGAAAAGUCUCAAAAUCAUCACCUGUAGACAUAAAUGAUGCUGUGAUAAAAUUAAUUACUUAGUAGGUAUCUUUCAAUUUUUGUCAUUAUUUCUGGUUUUUCAUUGUAUUUAUUUUUAAGUUGGCCAAUUACUUAUGGAUAUUAAUUGUCAAUUUAGUUAUUAUAGUAGUUAUGUGUUUUAAUUUAAGGUCUUAUGUAUUGUAGUGGUAUCUCGUAAAACUACUAGUGGUACUCAAGUAGAGUCGGCUUUUUGGGGUAUGUUGAUUGAGAAAGCUGGUGAUUACCUCAAGCAAAUAUUACCUACGCUACUUUUUGCGUUUUUUCUUCAUUCGACCAAAUAAUCAUUUCUAAUUGCUUCUAUUUUCCUUCUAUUCUGACUUGUUUCCAGUGAUUGAGUGCUUUGUUUAUUUCCUAUCACAAAAGAGUUUUUACCUCUAUUCAUAGGUUGCCUCCCUUUUUCUAUAUAAAAGCUAUCAGAGCCAUAUCAGUGUAUCUUAUCUUCCAGUACAUGCAUAACUUUUUUAAAUUGGGUUUCAUCUUUGUAAAAUUCUCAUGGGGACAUGAAAUUUUCUUGUGCUCAAAAAUUUUAGGCAGCUUCUUUGAUUUACAUUAUUUAGCGCUAGUCAUUAAUAAGUUUUGCUUCUAUUAUUUUUCUUGUUUUUUAUUUUUAUUCUAGCAAUUCAAUAUUAUUCGAACUUGAAAUAAGCGAAUGUAUACUGUGGUGUUUAGAAGUUGGACUUUACAUGACUUGGAAUAAUACAUUAUGAACCUCAUCACUCAAACUUGUUAAUCAUGGUGCAGAAUAAAUAUUUCUAUUUUGUGAACAAAUUCUCUGUAAUAAAUCUUUUUCGAAAUGAUUCUUCGAAUAAUGGUAGCUAUUAAUUUGAAUGAGGUUCUAUUUUUUAAUCAGAUAAUGGAUUAUUUAAAGAUUACGUUGCAAUUUAAAGCUAAUAUUGAUUUGUGUCUUCAGAUACAAAACUUGUAGUAUCUUUGUUCUUUGCUGAGACAUAUUGAUAAAAUAUAAUUUCCGAUUGUGUUCCAGUCAACUGAAGAAAAAGCAAUAACAUUACAAUCAUAAAUUCAUAUUAGGAUAACUUAUUAAAUAAUGAAAAAUGUGUGUCUUUCUGAUCACUUUACAUUUUAGGAUCAACAUACUUUUCAAUAUUGUGUGUAACACCAAAGUCUCAAGUUUUUAGUAGGCUUGACAUAUUUUAGCAUUCAAAAAUGAAUUAUAGUAUUCAUUAUUCUAUGUAAGAAUAUUGUCCUAUUAAGAUAAUCGAAAUAGUACCUGCCUUACUACUGAACUCUGCAACUAAAAAAGUGUCCUGAAUAAUUGUAGCAAUUUUAAUAAAAUGUCAUUUUCUAUCGUUUUAAAAUAACUGAAAAUGAUUAUAGUUUGAACAAAAACAUCAUUUUCUGUUCUAAAAUUCUAUUAUACUCGUAGUAUCAAACCGAUUAAAAAUACUUCACACUGUUACAUUCUCAAGUGUGCUUUAUUGAAAUUGAUAAUUUUCAACCGAGUAGUACUAUCGCCCGUAUUAACGCACAAGUUCUCUGUUUUCAUCCCACAAAUUGAAUCACUGACAUUAAAUUAAGAAAUAUCAAUUUAUUCAGAUUUCAUUUUUAUAAUACUUCACUCUGAUUAAAAGUAGCCUUAAAAAAGUAAUUCCUUAAAAGCGAAAAAAACUGAACUUUACAACGAAAAACUCUUCUUCAUGAAAAUUAGAACUGGAUUGUGUAAAAACAUUAUAAUUGUUAAAAUGUAUAACAUCAUUGUAUAAAAAUAUUUAUGGCUUCAGUCAACUCUAGUUAUUUCGAACAUUGAAAAGCUCUGUUACUUAUUAAAUGUUUCUACUGCUAUUUGACUAAGAGAACAUAUUGCAUAUUGGAUAUUCGCAGUGUAAAGAGUAGUGUUUAAUAUAAUUAAAGUUGACUGGAUGUCCAUGUAUUGCAUGGUACCCGACUGAUUGAAUUUUUGUUAUAUGAAAUGACCACUGUAUUCUGUUGAGGCUUUCUAACAGGCAUUCAACAACUUGAUUCUAAACCAAACGUUGGCACAGAUCUACCUGCACCUUGAUCAAUGCAUUGUAAAUAUUACAAGCUGAUAUUCAAAUUUAUUUUUACCAACCUCCACAUGAAUCAAUAAUUAUAAUAGGUAACGCAUAAACGCAAGGCAAGUAGGUGCUAAGCCGCAUUUUACAGUGUUUUUGUCCUACCUUUUAAGAUUUUUCAGUUCAUGUUUACUUUGAAACUGAUAGUUUUACUCUACUUUCAAAAUAUUAUUUUCUCAUUUCGAGCUUUUCAUCCAGUUAUUUAUGCUUGUAAAAUCACUAGUGAUAAUAAUUAGAAUAUGUUCGUUUUAAUCUCUCAUGUGUCAUGCAAUACAUAAAUUACAAAUAAUAUAUUUUGCACAGACUGUAUUAGUUUCAAAUUCAGCUCACAAGUAUAACCAGAUAAAUCUGGAAAUAUUCUUUAGAACUUACACAAUAAUUUCUAUCUGAUUAUUUUUCAAAUUUCUCAAUAUCAACAACUAUCUUUAUUGGAAUCUAUAAAUCUAUUAAUUAUUCUUGAAUCUACUACUAUUUUUUCGCGCUUGAGGUUUUGUAUGUAGAGCGGAAUAACAGACUUCAAUGAAAUUUUCUCCAUACCUCAGUAACUCUUUCUAGAACAUGUAUAUUUUUCAAUUUUCGAGAAAAUUAUAAUGUAUUUUAAAUUGAUAAUUCUAAUUUUUCAAUUUGACUCUUAUUAAUAUUAUUAUCUACUCCUUUACCAUUAGUAUUCGCACAUAGGCACUCAAGAAAGCCAUAAAAAUGUAUGUUACUAUGCUGUUAUGUACUUUCAUCACCAUAAACGAUAAUUUUUUACUCGUCUGACUUCAAUGUGACUUUGCAAUCGAUUUUAUAAUUGAUAAUUAAUUUCUUUUUGUAUGUAUAGAUCAUGUAUUAGCCUAUAAAUCCUCGCAAACGAAUAAGUUAGAAGACUUCAUUGUAAAUGAGAGCAGCUCUUGUUUAGUGUUUUAUUAGAAAUUGAAGUCAAGUCCUAAAACAUUUGUUACCUAAUUUGUACGUUCUUGUACUCUAGAUGCAGCUUCAAAUCGUUUUAACUUCAUUUUCUUGAUCCUUCAAACAGUAUGAGGUAUUACAAAUAAGUUACUUUCAUCUUUAUUAUUUAUUGCUUUUAAUAAAUAACUUUUAAUCCCACACUAAAUUGUAAUAUUCUGACAACUGUUGUAUGAAAUUAAUAGCAUUUUCUUUCAACUUUUUGCAUAUGAAUCUUUGGAUACCAUUGGAAUAUUUUCUGAUCAGAAAUAUAUUUCUAUUUUUAUUUGAAAGUUCUUUAUGUUCGAAUGUGUUCUGUGUGAUUUUGUUGAAUAUGUUACUUUUCCGAUAUCAAUGAUUCAUCUCAAUUUUGAUGCAAUGUAUGAGCCAUUCAGAAUACAAAUUUAAAAAUUCACAAUUAAAUACUUUCUCACCUUGAUAAUUUUGAAAAAAAAUUUUGGUCAGCAGUAUUAUUUAGAAAUUUCCUAUAUUCUUUAAUAUCUUGAAGAUAUACUUUUCCAAGUUAUUCAUUGUAAAUAACGGUAUUGAAUCCUUCAAAAAUUCCGUAGGAAACUCCAUUCCUACAUAUUAAAAAUCACUGCGAUCAUGUUCAACAUAUAUUAUCUAAAAUAGUAAUUUUAAUUAUGCAAUCUUUAUUUAUGUACAUCUUUAUUUUGCUACUAGCCAAUCAAUCGAAUUACUGUACUUAGGUAGUUGAAUUGAAGCUGUUAGUUCCGUUAACUGAGUUCCUAUCUACUAAAACUGAAUUUUAUUCGAUUUACUAACUCCAAAGUUUUCAAGUGAUGAAAUUUUUGUAGAGCUGAAUAUUGAGAAUGCUAAUCAUGUCGGUUUGAACUUGUAAGCUUAAUUUGUUUCAGCUUGAAUUAAUUUAUAUGUGCUUAAAAGAUUGAAACUCACAGUGUCAUGAUAAACCAAUAGUUCUAUCAUUGUGAAAUAAACAUUUGUGUGAUCUUACUCGCGCAGGUCUUUAAUAACAAAAUUUAAGUGAUGACGAAGUUCUUGGCAAAGACUGAUUCCUUAUAAUAGCUAUGGACACAUUCCAUUUAACAACUCGCAUGUGAAUAAUAAUUCGAAUUAUUUGUCGAUAGCAUCAAGCUAAGGUUGAAGGUUGUGAUGAGUCCUGAGAUCUCAAGGACAAUUUGGAUCCUAUAUUGGACUUGAAUAUGAUGUUGUACAAAUUAAUUUAUAUUUGAAAUUCACAAUGGAAAUAUAAUGUCUUGUAAAAUUUUGUAAAUAGAUGUACAGUACUUUUACAGAUAAAUGGAAUUCUAAUAAUUAUA